AUGCCUCCCGGCGAGGCAUACGGCAGCCAGGGCCAGCAGCAGCAACACCACCAAUUCCAGCAUGUGCACCCGCAAGCGCAGCAAUUACAGCACCAACACCAACACCAACACCUCGCGCCGCUGCACGCUGGCCUGCAAGCACCCCCACCACUGUUACCACACCCGCAGUUCGCGAAUCCAUAUCCCAAUGGAAACCAGCAAUACCAACAUCAACAUCAACACCAGCUCCAACACCAGCAACAGCAACAGCACCAGCAACAGCACCUGCAAUAUGUCCAUCCUUCAUACACCCAGCAACAACAGCAGCCGGUGCAGUUUUAUCCCAACAAUGCGCCGCCGCCGCUGCCGCAGCAGCAGCAGCAGCAGCAGCAGUAUUCAAACUACAAUGGCACCUUUCACCACCAACCCGCUCCCGCUUUCGCGCCCGCUCCCCAGGCCGCGCCGCUUCCUCAACCUCUACCCGUGUCCACGCCGAUGCCAACAUCCAUUCAGUUUGUCAACCCAUCCUAUCUCCAGCACUCACCUACGCCAAGACCGCCCAACAAUGCCUUCCCGGCGUCGCAACCACACACGCCGUCGACGAUGAGCCCCCAAUUGCCCCGCGCCGUCCAGCCAAACCCGCCGAAACCGAUGCCCGUCAAGGCGAGCCCAAAACUGGAAGAGAAACGGCCGCCCUCACGCGGAACGCCGAAACUGCUCACGCGAGACCCGAGGCGGCCAAGCUCGAGCGCCGGAGUCGCGAAAUCACCCAUCACCCCGCACGCAUCUACCCACACCGAAACACUCCCACUUCUGCUGUCUGUGGCGGAGGACUGCUUCGAGAAAGCCAACGCGGCUGCCCAGCAAGUCGCUAAGACCAUGAGCCCCAGUGAAGUUGCGGAACAUCACAAGCUGGUAGCCACGGGGCUAGGAUGCUUGGACGUCGCGCUGAAGUCGAACAAGUUGUGGCCGCGGCUCGAGGCUAGGUUAUGUUUGCGCUACACCAGCAUACUCAUCGAGGAGACCACCAAUAUUACGGAGGCCGAAACAGCUCUGACGAGAGGCAUUUCGGUGUGCGAGAAGCAUCGGUUCCUCGACCUCAAAUACAGCUCGCAAUUUCUCCUGAUGAAGACACUCUUCCAGCGGAACCAAAAGGCGGCUUUCAAGUCCAUCGACAGCCAUAUUGCCGAUUGUACAACGUAUGCUUGUCUGUUCGACACUCGCAGAAUUUUAUUGACGUUCACUAGUUAUAAACAUGUCCCCUGGAUCUAUGCCUUCCGUUUUCUCAAAGCCGCCUUCCACCUCCAGUCUGGCACAGCCGCCGACAACCAUGCGAUAGAGAACCUGCGCAAGAUCGCCGGUAUUGCGAAUCAGCGCAGCGACAAGGGCAUCUUCGUCAUGGCCAUGCUGCUCGAGGGCCUUGCUCACCUCAGCACCACGAAGGACGACUGGGCGACCCGCGUGCAGAUGUGCAUCGCCCAGGUAUCCAAGUUGCAACUGGACGAGUCGAUUCGCACCCCCCAAACCGAUGUCUUAUUGCUCUUGUUAGAUUUGGCGUGUAGCCUACACCAGAAAACACAUCAAAUAUCAGCACAAAAGCUCACGGCGCUUCAGAAGAGACUAGAGGAAUUGAAGCAGUCACAAGAUUGGCCUUCCCAGUCCGGCGAGAUGAUGUUGCCUGUCAACCGGAUGCAGAACGCGCAGCAAAUCGUCAGCGCUGACACAAGUGCGGUUCUGCGUCCUGGCGAGGAUGGUGUCGACUAUUUGGUACUAUCAACGCUGGGGAAACAAGAAGCCUGGGCACUGGCGUAUGUGUUCAAUGGCAUUGUGGCACACUACAAGGCCUCGACGCCCGGCCGUAGCUCAAGCAUGUGGGGGGAGGCAAACGAAUCCCAGUCGGAGUUCUUGACUGUCUUGGCCCUUUAUCUCGAAGGCGUCUUUCACCAGGGCACGGCGGCCCUUGAAAAAGCCACAGCGAUAUGGAAAGAUAAGAGAUUCGAAAUGGAUUGGAGCGGCGCGCCCAAGGCCACCGGCAGCCGCAUCACAACGGAACUUUCUAUCCUGGCCGCCAUCAACCGGCUCUGGAUUAUGCAAGAACCAGCGCAAACCGACGACGCCGAGAUGGCCGAGCUCGUCGAUCUGCUCCGUCCGAUCUGCGAGGACAACCCGGACCAGGAGAUCCGCACCGUCUACAACCUCGCCCUAUCGUCUGUCCGCUUGAACCCGCCACUGUCCAUCAACCAGAUCAAGCGACACAUCCAACAGUCGCUGAGCGGCGCCCAGCAGACGUGCAACACGCAGUACCUGGCGAUCGCGCUCAACAUCAUGCGGGCGAGGUUGUUCGAGAACGUCGUCGGCGAGCAGGCGCUCAAGAGCGCCCGAGCCGGCUCGGCACAGGCGAGGAAGAGCGGCAACGUGCUGUGGAUGAGCGUCGCCGAUGGCAUGCUGGCGCAGUCGUUCGAGAUGCAGGGCGCGCUGGCCGAGGCGAGGGCGACGCGCGACUCGGGGGUGAGGCUGGCGAAUGAGGCCUUUGCGAAGACGAAGAUGAUUUGCAGUUGA